UGCGAAAAGUGUAGGCUGGCGGUUAGCGAGCGACUAGACUGCUGUCGACGCGCAGUGACCGACGAGGAUGGAACUUGCCGAUACAAAACCCCCGUUUAUUCAGCUCGUUGCGUCUGCAUCACCUGCCUUCAUAGGACAGUCUGUAUGCCUGCAUGUCGGGGACAGAAUCACCCUCAGCGAGACUGCCACGAAGUUGGUGUCCGUUGUCGCUGCCGACGAGUGGACUCCGUCACGGUUUUCGUCCUGUUUGGGGUGCUAUGUCGGAAACAAGAAGAAGAAGACACGGUGAAGCAGAUGGAAGGCGUACUUCAUGGCGUGGGCCGAAUCGAUGGGUAAAACAGCCACAGUGGAGAUGGCACUUGAAAUCGAUCUACGAAGCCGACGAAUUAGACAUACUCGACAGCAUCCUCAACGAGUUAACCGUGUCAGAGGACACAGAGAAGAGAAAUGUUCCAGGCUAUCCCAGGAAGUUGUCCUCACCGCAAACAAAAGCACAGCAGCCUCAUUUUACUGAUAAAGUGAAGGAAAACCAUCUGUUCCAGUCCCACCGAACUUGGAUCCUCCCCCGUAUGAAGGCCAGUGUGAGCUUGCCUCUGAGCCUACUCCUUCGUCCCCAGUUGGGGCUGAGAAAAGAAGUUCCUUCCCAGCAGCCAUAGCUGAGAGCAGUGAUGAGGCUCUGACACCUAUAGCAGAAUCUCAACCAUCUUCUUCUAAUGCAACACCACACACAGUGACAGGCACAUUAACCACCACACAGAACUCGACAGAGCGUAGAGAUCAUCAAAUAGAGAGGAUGUUGUCAGAGCUGGAAAGUCUAUCUCAGAAAAUGAAAGCGAUGGAAGAAGAAUUAGAGGAAGUGGAAGCUGAUCAUCAGAAAGAGUGCUUGUUAUUUGCAAAAAGAAGUGAAGAUUGGAGCUCAAGGAUAAACACACUCCAAAAGGACAAUCAGCGUCUUUGUACAGAAGUUAGAGACCUUCAGAAUGAGUUAAAUAGAACGAAGCAAGAGCUCCACAAGGCUCUUGCUGAAGUGGGCGAACUCAAAAUUAAAGCCGCAAGAUUGGAGAAAGAGAAUGCGGAACUAAGAGAUUCAACUAGCCUCCACGAGGAACAAGAAGGGAUGGAGAAAGAAAGAUUGGAAAGAGAGAAUGCCGAGUUGCAACAAGAGGUUUGCAAGCUGAAAACUCUCCAGGAAAAGUAUGAGAAAGAAAUCACUGAGAUGAAAGAAAAAAUGAAAGUCACUACAAGGGAACUGGAGCAGUGUAUGGAGAUGGGAAUGCCUAAUAAAACUCCAGAGCAAUCUGAAGGUAUUGAGGUCAGAAGGUGGACAUGGAAUCAGUCAGAGCGCUUUGGAGAAUUUGGCCAAGUAUUUGGUGCCCAGAGGAUAGGUGACCCGGCUACUUAUGUGGUGAAAUUAGUAAUUUUGGCAGAGUGUGAUCUCCAAGGUCAAAUACAUGAGGCUCUUGCUAAAGAGGACGAACUCAAGAUUAAAGCUGCAAGAUUGGAGAAAGAGAAAGCGGAAAAGAUUUGAGAAAGAGAAAGUGGAACUAAGAGAGUCCACAAGGAACAAUAAAGAAAAGAGAAAGAAAAGAUAAAGAUAAGGAAAAGAAGAAAGAAAGAUCGGAAAGAGCGAAUACGCGUAAUGUGUUUUUUUAAACAAAUAUCCUUGCCAAAGGAUACACAAUAGCAGCUAGUAAGUAAGUGCACCCUACAACAAAAAUAAAUUUCUAAGUAUGUGCUUAAAUUCAUUAAGAGUAGAGUACUGAGACAGGU